CUACAAGUCAAACAGAGCAAAGUUUCCUGCAAACCAGAUAGAUAAAGGUUCAUCGUUUUGAUCACCGUGUUCUCUUCAAAUUAAUCUGAGUACCAGAGGAAGAGGUCACAGUGCUAUGUUGCAGCCAGAUGAAGACCAUCAUGAAUACCAGAGCUUGUAUCAGAAGGGAGUACAUUGCCAUCUUCUUCUCUCUGGCUCUGGCUGUCUUCAUUUAUAUCUUACAUAAAGUGAACGUCCUGGGGAUUCAACAUAAAGUGAACUCUAUCAUCAACCUGAGAGUUUCCACUGUCCCUGACGUUUAUCGCGACUUCUGCACCUUUCAGCCACUGUCCCCUAACGACGCUCUGGAGGAACGCCUCCUACUGGACUCCAUUGCUUGGCCUAAAACUCCACUUUUGCCAGCUCCUAUUUCCCUGGAGAAGACCAGCGAUCCAGCUCACAGCUCAUUCACCAUUCUCCCAAGAAGUGGAGGCGGACAGUGGAACAUAGGGGACAAGCUGGAGGUUAUGAUCAAAAUCUUUGACUUCCAGGGCCGUCCCAAGAAGUCUGGAGGGGACUUCUUGCUCGCCCGACUGCACAACCCUAAGCUUUGUGCAGGUGUGGUUGGGCAAGUGGUGGAUCAUCUAAAUGGCAUCUACUCUGCUGUAUUCUCUUUACCCUGGGAAGGAGAUGCACAGGUUGAGGUGACGCUGGUUCACUCUAGUGAAGCUGUCACAGUGCUGGACAGGCUGACCAGUGAACAGCCUGACAGGAUUUACUUCCAGAGCCUCUUCCGCUCUGGCUCAAUCUCUGAAAGUACCAUCUGUAAUGUCUGCCUACGUCCAACAAAGCAGCCGCUGUGCAACUACACUGACCUCCGUACAGGCGAGCCUUGGUUCUGCUACAAGCCAAAGAAGCUGAGCUGUGAUGCCAGGAUCAACCACGCAAUGAAGAACUACAAACAAAGCCUCAGGGCUAACGAGGAGAAGCUCUUUCAAAGUGGUGUCAAUUUGAAAGUCAACCUACAGGGUUUAGGACCAGCCAAUGUCACCGUGUUGCCAAAAAAGAAAGGCCAAUCACAGGUGAAGAGCAGCAGUGGGAAGUCUGGCCCUUCUGGCUAUUACUACCAGGGUGUGUGGCAAGCACUAGGUGGCCACACAGUUCGCCAAUUUAACAACUCUGCCAUCAGUCAGUGUCUGAAAGGCAAGGGGGUCCACAUGUAUGGAGACUCCACCAUCAGGCAGUGGUUUGAAUACCUCAACGAAGCACUGCCAGAUCUUAAACAAUUUAACCUGCCCAGUCUGAAGCAAGUUGGACCUUUCAUGGCCUUGGACUAUGCAAACAACAUCUUGGUGACGUUCCGCUGCCACGGUCCCCCUAUUCGUUUUCCCAGCAUCCCAACCAGCGAGCUUCGCUACAUUGCCAAUGAAAUGGAUGGCUUAACUGGAGGCACCAAUACUGUCGUAGUUUUCGGCAUCUGGUCUCAUUUCAGCACUUUUCCCAUGGAGGUCUACAUCCGGCGGCUGCAGAGCAUCCGCAGGGCGGUGGUGCGGCUGCUAGACAGGGCCCCCGGCACGCUGGUUGUCAUCCGGACCGCCAACCCCAAAGCCUUGAUGCUUUAUGAGACAAUAACCAACAGCGACUGGUAUUCACUGCAGCGUGACAAGGUGCUCAGAGCCAUGUUCAAAGGGCUGAACGUUCAUCUUAUCGAUGCCUGGGAGAUGGUUCUUGCCCACCACUUGCCGCACAGCCUCCACCCACAACCUCCCAUUAUUAAGACUAUGAUGGACCUUCUCUUUUCCUACAUAUGCCCUAAAAAUGGUGGCUAGAUGCGUGUUUGUUGGAGUUUCAAGUCAUGCAGGUGUUGGGUAUCACAAAUAACCACUGUUGAAUGAUCACAAUUAACACAUGCU